CUCGAAGGAACAGCAAAAGGUCGACCCUCAUUUGCAGCAUUUGCGCAAUACCCCAAUCUCGAACAAAAAAUCAAGGCCGCAAUUUGAAAAUGGCUGCUGCAGCUCCAUACCGCACCUUCCUCGGCCAACGCGUAUGGCCCGCCACCAUCCUCAAGCUUUACUUUCCCUUUUUCAUUUCGGGAUCCAUGGCUUUCUUCCUCUUCAGCUUUGCUCACACCAAGAUGAUGGACAGUCCUAGCGCAAAGUGGGAGAACAUUGUCAACAACGUUCGCCGCGAUACCGCAAGGCAAAAGCUCAAGGCCGCUGCUGGAGAGUACUACGAAGCACACAAAUAGGAGAGCAUUCGUACUACCCCGUUUCUUUGGCUAUUCGUCCUUUGAAUCAGUCCUGCUAUCACGGUUUCCUUGGGCGUGGGAUUUUGUCGGUGCUAUUAGUUAGAACCAAUAAGAUAUUACUUUGUGGAGUGAAGAACCAAAUGAGAAGGAGUGGCGAAAGCUGUGGCUCAACUUGGGAAGUUGAAAUUUCCAACCAUCACGCUCAUAAACAUGCAAAUCGAAUCUACUGGGGCUCUCCAUUGGCAAGUCUCCGC